UUUAAAGGAAACUUAUUUUGGGGUGGUUUGCGCUGGGGUAGCUGCUUCGCCCAGUAGUUGUGAAGUGCACUCGACUCGUGAUGGUGUUCCUGUCACUUUGGUUGAUAGCAGCCUCUCUGGUAGAGGUUAGGACGUCAGCUGAUGGACAAGCUGGGACUGAAGAAAUGGUGCAAAUAGAUUUACCAAUAAAGAGAUAUAGAGAAUAUGAGCUGGUGACACCAGUUAGCACAAACCUAAAAGGACACUAUCUUUCCCAUAUUCUUUCUGCAAAUCACAAAAAGAGGUCACCCAGGGAUGUGUCAUCUAACUCAGAGCAAUUGUUCUUCAACGUCACUGCAUUUGGAAGAGAUUUCCAUCUUCGACUAAAGCCCAACACUCGCUUCCUAGCUCCUGGGGCUGUUGUGGAAUGGCAUGAGACAGCUCCGGUGCCUGGGAAUACAACUGACCCCAGAAAGGGCCGUCAACACGGAAGUGCUUCGGAAAGAAUCUGGAGAUCAGAGCCUCUGCAGACUAGCUGUGCCUAUGUUGGUGACAUCAUGGACAUUCCAGGAACCUCUGUUGCCAUUAGCAACUGUGAUGGUCUGGCUGGAAUGAUAAAAAGUGAUAAUGAAGAGUAUUUCAUUGAACCUUUGGAAAGGGGCAAGCAGAUGGAGGAAGAAAAAGGAAGAAUUCAUGUGGUCUACAAGAGAUCUGCGGUGGAGCAGCCUUCUAGAGAUGUGUCUGAAGACUUCUACUACAGGGAGUCGAAUCUGGAAGGCCUUGAUGAUCUAGGCACAGUUUACAGCAACCUUGGCCAGCAGCUGAAUGAGACAAUGAGGCGCCGCAGACACUCGGGAGAGAACGAUUACAACAUCGAGGUGCUUCUGGGAGUGGAUGACUCUGUGGUCCGUUUCCAUGGCAAAGAGCAUGUCCAAAACUACCUCCUCACCCUGAUGAACAUUGUAAAUGAAAUCUACCACGAUGAGUCCCUCGGAGUGCAUAUAAAUGUGGUCCUCGUGCGAAUGAUUAUGCUUGGUUAUGCAAAGUCUAUCAGCCUCAUAGAAAGGGGGAACCCGUCCAGGAGCCUGGAGAAUGUGUGCCGCUGGGCUUGCCAACAACAAAAACCUGAUCCCAACCAUGCUGAACACCACGAUCAUGCCAUUUUCUUAACCAGGCAAGACUUUGGGCCUGCUGGAAUGCAAGGAUACGCUCCAGUCACAGGCAUGUGCCACCCAGUGAGAAGUUGCACUCUGAAUCAUGAAGAUGGGUUUUCAUCUGCUUUUGUAGUAGCCCAUGAAACCGGCCAUGUGUUGGGAAUGGAGCAUGACGGGCAAGGCAACAGGUGUGGGGACGAGACGGCCAUGGGCAGCGUCAUGGCGCCCCUGGUGCAAGCUGCCUUCCAUCGCUACCACUGGUCCAGAUGCAGUGGCCAGGAGUUGAAGAGAUACAUCCACUCCUACGACUGUCUCCUUGAUGACCCCUUUGAACACGACUGGCCCAAACUCCCAGAACUUCCUGGAAUAAAUUAUUCCAUGGAUGAGCAAUGCCGUUUCGAUUUUGGUGUUGGUUACAAAAUGUGCACUGCGUUCCGAACCUUCGACCCAUGCAAACAGCUGUGGUGCAGCCAUCCCGACAACCCCUACUUCUGCAAGACUAAGAAGGGGCCCCCACUCGACGGAACCGAGUGUGCUGCUGGGAAGUGGUGCUAUAAAGGGCACUGCAUGUGGAAGAAUGCCAAUCAACAAAAGCAAGAUGGCAACUGGGGGUCGUGGACCAAGUUUGGCUCCUGCUCCAGGACGUGUGGAACUGGUGUACGGUUUAGAACACGCCAGUGCAAUAACCCCACGCCCAUCAAUGGCGGUCAGGAUUGCCCUGGUGUUAAUUUUGAGUACCAGCUUUGUAAUACAGAAGAAUGCCAAAAGCACUUUGAGGACUUCAGGGCCCAGCAGUGCCAGCAGCGUAACUCUCACUUUGAAUACCAGAAUACCAAACACCACUGGCUGCCGCAUGAACAUCCUGACUCCAAGAAAAGAUGCCACCUUUACUGCCAAUCCAAAGAGACUGGGGAUGUUGCUUACAUGAAGCAGCUGGUGCACGACGGAACGCGCUGUUCCUAUAAAGAUCCGUACAGCAUCUGCGUGCGUGGAGAGUGUGUGAAAGUGGGCUGCGAUAAGGAAAUUGGUUCCAACAAGGUUGAGGAUAAGUGUGGGGUCUGUGGAGGGGACAAUUCCCACUGUCGAACUGUGAAGGGAACAUUUACCAGAACACCCAGGAAACUUGGGUACCUUAAGAUGUUUGAUAUCCCCCCUGGGGCUAGACAUGUGUUAGUCCAAGAAGACGAGGCUUCUCCUCAUGUUCUUGCUAUUAAGAACCAAGCCACGGGUCACUACAUUUUAAAUGGCAAAGGGGAGGAAGCCAAGUCGCGGACCUUCAUAGACCUUGGUGUGGAGUGGGAUUACAACAUUGAAGAUGACAUUGAAACUCUCCACACGGAUGGGCCCCUACACGACCCCGUUAUUGUUCUGAUCAUACCUCAGGAGAAUGACACACGCUCUAGCCUGACAUAUAAGUACAUUAUCCAUGAAGAUUCUGUACCGACCAUCAACAGCAACAAUGUCAUCCAGGAGGAGCUGGAUACCUUUGAGUGGGCGCUGAAGAGCUGGUCUCAGUGCUCCAAACCCUGUGGUGGAGGUUUCCAGUAUACAAAGUACGGAUGCCGAAGGAAAAGCGACAAUAAAAUGGUGCAUCGCAGCUUCUGUGAGGUCAAUAAGAAGCCCAAGCCCAUCCGACGGAUGUGCAACAUUCAGGAGUGCACACACCCACUCUGGGCAGCAGAGGAAUGGGAACACUGCAGCAAAAGCUGCGGCAGCUCAGGCUACCAACUGCGCACUGUGCGCUGCCUGCAGCCACUCCACGAUGGUACCAACCGCUCUGUGCACAGCAAGUACUGCUUGGGGGAGCGUCCUGAGAACCGCCGGCCCUGUAACAGAGUCCCCUGCCCUGCCCAGUGGAAAACAGGGCCCUGGAAUGAGUGCUCAGUGACCUGUGGAGAAGGAACAGAGGUGAGACAGGUUCUCUGUAGGGCUGGAGACCACUGUGAUGGUGAAAAGCCCGAGUCCGUCAGGCCCUGCCAGCUGCCUCCAUGUAAUGAUGAGCCAUGCUUGGGCGACAAGUCCAUAUUCUGCCAAAUGGAGGUGCUAGCACGAUACUGCUCCAUACCAGGCUAUAACAAGUUGUGCUGUGAGUCAUGUAGCAAGCGCAGUGGUACCCUGCCGCCACCGUACCUUCAAGAAGCUGCUGAAAUCCACAGUGAUGCUAUCUUUGGUCCUAGUGACCUUCCAAGGUCUCUAGUGAUGCCUACACCCUUCCUCCCUUACUACUCAGGGACCCGUGCCGAGAAGAAAUCCUUGAGUAGCAUCUCUUCCCUGGCAAACCCAAAUGCUGAUGCUGCAUUCAGAGCCAGCAGCCAGCCUAGUGCUAACUUCCCCCAGAAGAAAACACAGCAGGCUGGAAGAAAGACACUGGUCUCAGUACCACCCUCCUCAUCCAUGAAAACUGGUGGCUUCCAUUCUGCCUCGUCCGUGGCUGCUGCCCCCUCCCCUGCUAUCGGUGAUUCAAUAGGUGCUUCUACCCAGACAAGAACCCCAAAGAAAGAUGGAAAGAAUAUUAGCAAGAGACAUCCAGUCAGGUCAGCCACCUCAGAGAGCUGAGAUCAAAGGGAAACCUGAGCAGCCUCCCUCCUUGCAUGGUGCAUACAGCUUGUUUAAAUAAAAGCAGGACCCUCCACACAAGGUUUACUCUCAUCCUCAGCAAAUGGAAGGACAGGAAGUGCUGGCUCACUUUUUAGUUGCUUCCAUCCAUCUCCUGUUCCAUAUCCACUUGUUUACCAGAAUCCAUUGGGGAAAACAAAAGCACCAAAGACUGUUUUCAGAAAGAAAGAGCCCAGCUGCAGUGGCACCUGCCUAGAAUCCCAGCAUUUGGGAAACUAAGGCAGAAGGACAGCUGCCAGUUCUGGACCAGCCUGGAACGCUUCUCUCAAACACAGAAAAGGGAUGGAACAUGGUUAAACGUGUUGGCUGUUUUCUAAGGAAGAAAAGAACCCGCCGCCGAUUGUGCAUAUCAGCUGAUUUUUGUUUGUUUUUAAAAAGUCACAGUAAAAAAAUCAUACAAACAGAGGCCAAUGGUUUACGCGUCAAAAAAAUUUUGGAACCAAUUCUUAGACUUGCAUUCCUAUUUAUCUAUAUUAGAAAUACUGUAUGAGCAAAUUUGCAACUGUUGUGUAAAUACUGUACAUUGCAGAAAUCAGUAUUAUUUUAAAAAAGAUGUUCUCCAACGAUGGUUUACUAUCUUACAUUUCUGGAAGUUCUAGGGUGCCUGUCAUUGAGUAUUGCCUUAUGAGACAUUCCAUGAGUUGAUUUCAAAGCAGAAUAUUAUGAAGAAAUUGGGAUCGCAGCUACUGACCAUAUCAAGAGGGCUGGCCAUGUGUUGUCUGUUGACACUGCCGGUGUACAGGUGCCUCACUACAUCUACUGCCUUCCAUCCUUACCACAAAAGGAGCAGGCCUGGCAUCUUCAUGUGUCUAUGCGCACACCGUGCAGUGGAUGAGCUUGUAUAAGACAAACCCCAGCCUUCUUGCCAUCAUAUCAAAGGGCGUCUUUGCGACAGUGCGCACCUCAGCGAUGUCCUGUUCUUGUGCUAACGGUUGUACUUGAUAAUCACAAAGGUGUUGUGUGCAUUUUCUCCCAGCUGAGAAGUGGCACCAGGCUAGAACUGACACUUGAGUACAUUAGUGCGUUGAAAGCAGGCUCAAGGAAGUUGUCUUUGUCAUGGUUGCGAUAUUUAUUUUUCUGCAUGGUUCAUAGCUAAAUGUUCACGGCCAUGGUGCAUCUGACUGCAGUGCCAUGCUGGUGGUUCUCUCAGAGACCAACAUGCUCAACAAUACCAGAAAUGCUUUCUCCCGGGAGUGGAUGUACAAUAGUUGUAUAUAGGAUACAGAUCUGAAGAUAUUUAUUUUAAGAGUUGAUUUUUUUCUUGAUAGUCUUUUUAUGUCUUUAAUAUUUACACUAAUAUCAAUGACAUUUUAGUAAACUAGAGAGACAUAAUUAGAGGUGUGUGCUGCGUUCCAUGCAGAAAGGACAAAUUUAAACCAAGCACACAACCAACUCAAAGAACUAAAAUUGAACAGAUCCUUACUUAAUUGGCAGUACUUGAUCGAACCCAGGGCCUCAGAGAUGCUGAGCAAGCACUCCAUCACUGUGCUGUAUCCCUAGCCUUUUUAUUCUCAGUCUAAAUAUUCCUAAGUUACCUGGGCAGGCCUUGAACUUGUGACCCAGCUGCUACCACCAUUCAAGAAGCCAGGACCACAGGCAUUUCUUGUGUUUGAUAUUUGCAUUUUUUUAAGGAGCUGAUGCAGAGUUGGUCAUUUGUUCCCCUUCAAGGACACAUAAAACCAUCAGGAAUUCAGCUAGCUGUUUAAUGGACUAUUGCAUUAGAAACGUGUUCCAAAGCCAGGUGCACGCACACGUCAUCCCAGCAUUUAGAAGUUGAGGCAGGAGGCUUUCUGUGAGUGUGCAGCCAGCCUGGUCUAUGUAGCAAGAUCAUGUCUCAAACAAAACCUAUUUUAAAUAUAGGCACUUCCUAAAGUGUGCUUAAAGACAAAAAGUGUUAGGAGCAUGCUUUUGAAGUCAUUUUCGAAACAGGUCUAGAGAUUCACAGACUGAAGUUGAGAUGCAUUAUCCCUUGAAAGCACAACCUGAGCGAGGCGCUUUGACUAGUAGCCAUUAUAUAAAUGAACAGUCUAAGCUAUGACUCGAUACCUCGAAAGAAUUGCUGCUACUCCGUGCAAGAAUUUUUAAUUGUCAAGUUAGGUGACUUCCUGAGCGUUAACAAUCCUUGAGCCUUACAAAAGAUCUCUCUUUCUUGAAAACUUCACUAGGACAAAAUUCUCUUUAGUUUACUUGGGUGUACACACAUCCGGUCCACAGGGAAUCCGAAGACGGUCACACACAUACACCUCCCAUAAGAUGUACAUAUUCCUUCCACUUUUUAACCUAUAUGCUUUCUUUUCUACUAAGCUGAAAGUUCCUUUUUAUCAAGGUGUACACUACUGAUGCUGUUUGUUGUAUUGGGAACACAUAGCAAUAAAAACGUGAACGAGGA